GGACAGGGCGGUGUGUGUGUGUGUGUGUGUGUAACGGAGCAGCAGCCACAUCACACGGCGCUUCUCCGCUGCAUUCUCGCGGCUCUCCUUUCAUCUCAGCGCGGGGAAGUAACGGAGCGCGAGCCCGACGGGGGGGGGGACAUUAUGCGCGCGAGCCGUGCUGUGUCUCACCUCUGAGUCUUUUACUGCAACAUUAUUUUCUUCUCUUUCUCUUCUUCAUCGUCAUCUUUUUCUCCUCUCCACCAUCUGCGGCUUGGAGCUGCUUCAACUCCACUGAGCUGGAGAUUUAUUAUUAUUAUUUGAAACUUUAUUUAUUAUUUAAAUUUUGUUUUGUUUAAAUUCUCACGCCCUCGGUCUCCGGGAGGAUCACGAGGCGGAAAUAAAGUUUAUAAAUGGCAGAGUGAGAAUAGUGUGUGCUAUUUAAAGAGGCGCUAUGGUCGGAGGAACGCCGAGGAUGCAGGAUGUUUACAGUGAGCUACAGUCACAUCAAAACCACCUUAAAACCCAAAUCCUCAGUAACAACAGAGAUGAAGAGAGAGAGAUAGAGAGAGAGAGGGAGAGAGAGAGAGAAAGAGAGAGAGACAGCGAGAGAGAGAGAGAGAUGGAGAGAGAGAGUGAGAGAGAGAGAGAGAGAGACUGGACAUGGUGGAGAGGUGAAACGAGGUCAGUAGAUCACACAGUGGAGGCCAUAGUGGAGUUUGACUACCAGGCCCAGCAAGAUGACGAGUUGACCAUCGCCAUCGGUGACAUCAUCAGCAACAUCAGGAAGGAUGAGGGGGGCUGGUGGGAGGGCGAGGUGGAUGGCCGAAGGGGCCUCUUUCCAGACAACUUCGUCAGGGAGAUGAAAACGGAGGUGAAAACAGAGGUGAAGAAGGAGCUCAGCUCCACCUCCCAAGCAGCCAAAUCGGAUCUGUCCAACGGCAGUGCAAGUCCCGGAUCAGAAUCCAGCCUCAGACCAGCUAAGAAAGGAGAGGCCAUACGUAAGAGACGCUGCAAAGCUGCCUUUAGUUACAUCCCGCAGAAUGAAGACGAGCUGGAGCUCAAGAUCGGAGACAUCAUCGAGGUCCUGGGAGAGGUGGAGGAGGGCUGGUGGGAAGGAUGUCUCAAUGGCAAGACCGGGAUGUUCCCCUGCAACUUCACUAAAGAGCUGCCGGCCGACGUGGAGGAUCUGGCAACCCCACCUGAGGACACACGCAGCACACGGACCAGUGUAGGUGUGAAGGACAGCACAGGCUCGGAGAGCGACGGAGGAGACAGUAGCAGUGUGCGUUCAGAUGCAGGCAGUGCCGCCUCCAGCAGCGAGAUUCAGCCCAAGAAGGUGCGCGGCUUCGGAUUCGGCGACAUCUUCAAAGAUCAGCCCAUUAAGCUCCGCCCACGAUCCAUGGACCUGGACAACGAACUAGAGAAGCUGACAGCGAAGAAAUCAGCACCGUGUGUUCCUCAGGAAACCAUGAAGACAGAACCUGAAAACAAGACCAAAGUGAAGGAGUUCUGUAAGGUGUUAUUCCCGUACGACGCCCAGAACGAGGAUGAGCUGUCAAUCAAGGAGGGAGAGAUCGUCACCAUCAUCAGUAAGGAUUGUGCUGAUGCAGGCUGGUGGCUCGGGGAGAUGAACGGUAAACAGGGUGUGUUUCCCGACAACUUUGUGAAGCUCUUUGUUCCCGAGGUGGAGAAAGAGAGGCCUAAGAAACCGCCUCCUCCUGCAGCACCUACUAAACACAUCACAGACAAAAAGCCAGAGGUUAAAAAGGUUCCUCCCGAACGGCCCGAGUCUCUUCCACAGCGAGCCGAGGAGAAAGGUGAUGAAAUCAAGUUGGUCGAGCUCCAGAAGCCGGUGCUUCCUGUCUUUCCACCGAAGAAGCCUUUACCCCCGAAGAGCAACAACUCCCUGAACCGACCCGCGUCCCUGCCCCCGAAGCGACCCGAGCGACCUGAGAGACCGGCCGCGCCCAGCGCACAGUGUGACGGUUCUGGUGUAGCUUCAGAUCGGAUGUCCUCUGACAAAUCGGCUGAAAUCGACGACUUCGACUCCAUCGUUUCCUCCACAGAGAAGCUGAGCCACCCUACUGCCUCCAGACCUCGAGUCACAGACCGCCGACCUCGCUCUCAGAUCUUCACACCUUCCUCUCUCUCCGGCACUGACCUCCUGGACUUGCAGUCUCCGGAGGACGAGCAGAGAGAGAGGGAGAAAGGGAAGGACGAGCCGGACUCAUUACCUCCCAGAUCUCUGGACAGCACCAGGAAGAUGCCCAAGGCACUUCCCGUCAUCAUAGCUCCUGAGAAAGCCUCCAAACCCACACCUCCCGCUGCCCUCAGGCCUCACUCACCAAGUGAGGCCAAGAUGAAGAGCGAGCAGGGUUCCAACAUGCUGGAGGAGCUCAGAACUCAGCUACGAGAGCUGAGGGCCACCGUGGAGCUGAUGAAGAGCCAGCACAAACAAGAGAUGAAACAGCUUGUGAGCGAACUCGACGAGGAGAAAAAGAUGCGCUUAUCCCUGCAGAUGGAUGUCGAGAACAUUAAGAAGGCUCUGUCCAAAUGAACACGCGUGAUUCGGAAGUGGUUGAGGUCGGAAGGCAGAAACUCGGAAAGCCUGGCAGACAGAUUUGUGCCAAAAGAGAAAAAGAACAAAAAAAAAACCCCACGUGAGAACAACAGCAUAGAGAAAACAAACGAACGUUUCCCUCACUUCCAGAUUCUUAUUAUUUUAUUAUUUUCCAUGGUGUUGAGAAGGAACCCGUCUUCUCCUGGUACUGCGUUCCAUCGAGCGACUCGACUCUUUAAGCAGCGUGACGGAGAACCCUGCGCUGCGUUUGCCUUCAGUACGGUUCACUUUAGGUUCUUUUCUUUGCCUUUAACUUCGUGGCCUUUAUUUUUAUUUUCCUGCUCGUUAUCCAUGCGCUGUCGCUCGCCCCUCGCCCACGCCGAGGCCUUUUCUAUUCUUAAUAAAAUCAUGUCUUUUCUUUCUGUCUUUCGUCAGCGAUAAGGAGAAAAUGCACAUUUUGUUUUCUUGAUGCUGUUUCUUCUUUUGAGAAAGUCUUAUAUAAACUUUUAUAUUUUAAUGUACGGAAAAUGCAUCUAUGUGUGCAAAUUUUAUUAAAAAAGAAUAUUCCAAAAUAAGCUGCGCCUCAAGUUUCAUUCAUCUGUCUGUC